AACAGUUGCGCUUCAUUCGUUUCUCGUGUUAAUUUAGUAUUUACACAAUAAUAUCAUAAUUAUCAUUUAUCAUAUUUUCUGAAUAUAAUAUACUUGUGACUUAUUUUCUGGGUAUAUAUAUAUUAAUAUAAGAAUAUAACAUAUUAUUUGUAUUUUACUGGGGUCUGAACAUGUGGUUCCCAUCGACUGAGAUUUAGCUGUGUCGUUUUUUUAAUCACGUAUUUGUUGCAAUGAGCUGAUCGUAGAUUGAAGUAUUGACAUAUUAAUUGGACAUUUUUAUGUGCAUUAGAGGUACCUAUAUCGACAUAUCGUAUAUAACAUAUUGAUCUUGAACUUGGAUGCUGGUGAAAUAUUAUACAGAUGUCACUGUGCAAGACACGUAACAUGAACGUUGCACCAUCAGGAAAUGUCGGCAGUGACGGCGACGGGACGACCGUGCGUGCGCGCGUGAUCGCGCCGUCGUCCAUGGGCAAACCGUCGGACUUCGAGGCGUUCAGGAGGUUCUUGCGGGACGCCGGCAUGACGGCGCACGUCGACGACUCGAUAUACCGGGCCGGCGCCGACCCGUUCUACGCGAACACCGACCGGUUCCGUGCGGACGACCUGGUGGACGCGCUGACGGACGACAGCACGGUGGUGUGGUGCGCGCGCGGCGGCAAGGGCGCGUCCCGGCUGAUACCGUACCUGGAAGCGUUGCCGGCGGACCGGAAGCAGAAGAUCCGGGACGCCCGGAAAACGCUGGUCGGCUACAGCGACGCGACGGCGCUGCACGUGUACCUGCACACGGUGUACGGGUGGCGGACGGUGCACGGCCCCAUGUUGGAAAUGAUCGCCGACCGCACGGUGGACGGCAGGUCGGUGGAUGCGCUGGUGGCCCUGGUGACCGGCCGAUCGGACCGGGUACGGUACGAGCUGCGGCCGGUCAUUGCCGUUGGCCACCCGGACGGGCUGUCGCUUCGGGCCAGCGUGACGGGCGGCAACAUGACGCUGGUCGAGAACUCGCUGGGCACGGCGUUCGGCUUCAGGGGCGACGGUAAGAUCGUGUUCUUGGAAGACAGGCACGUCCGACCGUACUCGUUGGAACGGAGUCUCGACCACAUGAAGCUUGCCGGCGUAUUCCAAGGCGCCGUGGCCGUCGUAUUCGGUUCGUUCAGCGGUAUACCGUCGGACGAGCAGCCGUUGACCGCCUUGGUGUUCCAACGGUUCGCGGCGACCGUGCCGUUCCCAGUGUUCCGCGUCGACGGCAUCGGUCACGGGUUCGUCAACAAUCCGCUGCCGCUCAACACCAACGCCACAGUGGUUGGACCGACGCGAUCUGACGACGCCACCGGAACACCGUCUUACACGCUGACCGUCGACAACGUCUACGACGCGGACGCGUUGACCCGCACCGCUUGACCAGUAACAGCAGGUGGAGCUAUAACUGCAGCAGACGUCGCGAAACGUGUGACUCGAGUCGGAUUUGAGAAUAGAGGGCCGUACGGAAAGGUUUUUUUCACAAACAGCUACAUUGAAUUUGCUUAUAUUGAUAAAUUUAAAUAAAUUUCGUUUUAAAUAAAAAAUGCUCUUGGAAAUAGGUAA